AUGACUAAAGAAACCUAUUUAGCGAAGCAGUGCUGCAAAAGCCUCAUUCACACGAGAAAAUACUGGCACGUACAGCUACGUGCUGCGUGCACGGCCAUAUCGCGCAACUCCCCGGGAAGGACAGGUCAUUCUGUUAAGCCAUUCAUUAUGGAUUCUAAAGUAGGGGAAGGGGAUAGCCCUGUUGAUGACAACUCAGCCAAAAAAAAGUUUAAAUUCAAAUCUUUCAAAAAAUUAUUUGGGCUGAAGAAGAGGAAAGAGUCGCUGCCUUCUUUGGGCAGUAGUGGGCUGAAGCUGAGCCAAUCUGCAAGUGAUGUCACCGUUCCUGACUCUGGGAACACAGAUUAUGAUUCUGAGGAUGACACUGAGGCUGCAGCUGCAGUGCUGGGGAGCAGAGCUGUGUCUCAUGACAGCAUCUUCAUUCCAGAGAUAGUACAAGAGACUGCCCGACCAGUGCGCGUCUUCUCACAGGACCAUGUGUCUGACAACAUCAAAGCAUUGCAGUUAAAGCUCCAAUCCAAUAUAAAAAUUGGACCACCCCCUUUUGGCAUGCUGAGUAAACGCACUGAAGAUCCUGGAACCAAUUCUGAAGAUGAUGGAUUACCAAGAAGCCCUCCUGAAAUGUCUCUUAUACAUGAGGCCAUCAAAACUAGGUUUUCUGACAUUCAUAGACAUCACAGUUCUCUGAGCUUAGGUGGCACUGGCAGUGAAGAAGAUGAACAGAUUUCUUCUGAGCUGUUCUCAAGACCUCUUUCUCCAGAGGAUGAAUCUCAAAGCCCUGUUGAGAGAAGAGACAGCGCCAUCCUCUCUCCAUCUGCAGAUUUCAGCAGUCCACCUCAGUUUUCUUCCGUUUUGGACAACUCUGCUGCUAGACAUAGGCUGUCGGUGAAACCUAGAAAUCAGAGGUCAAGCAAAAUAAGGAGGCCUUCUGCGGCAUUGCAGGAAGAAUCUUUUGCUGGGUUGAAUAGUAUGGAAGAGGAAGAUGUUAAAGUACCUAGUCCUGAAAAAUCAGACAAUGCUCCUGCUAAAGCCCGGACUCCAAAUAAAGAUGAUGUUGACAGUAAUGGCAGUUCAAGUACAAAUCCCACAUUACUGAAUGUAGAAGAAAACAAAGAAGUAGCUUCUAAGAUUACAGUGGAACGUGAAUCACAAAAUCGCCCAAAAGAAGUGCAGGACCCAUUAGCUGAACUCAGAUUACAGUCUGAGAAUAUUUUAAGUGGAAAUACUGUAGCUCUGAGAAAACAGAUCAAAGUGUCUGAUGAAUUGGUGGGUGAGUUAGAUGUAAAAUCAAAUGAAAUGACAUCUAGCAAUCUGUCUGCCUUAGUUAAAAAUGCAUCACCCAUAUCGCCUUUACCGAGCGGCAAAAAACAAUCAAUAAAAUGUGUUGACAAUAAUGAAAAGCCAUCUAAUACACAUGAAAUAGCCAGCCCAGUAAGGACUACUCCUUCACCUCACUCUGAAGAGUCUCUGCACAGUCGGAGAAGUAUUUCCCGUCAUUCACUUUCUGAAAGGAGUCAGAAUACCUUAGAGCAACUCCUCUCUGAUAAAGAAAACAAUACAAAGCUUGGGAGCAUGGAUAAAAAGGCAGAAAGAUCUCCUACAGAGGCAGGUACUCAGAGGAAAUUCUCUGUAUCAUCUGCCUGGGAAAGGCCUCGGACUAAUAGUUUUAAUCUGAAGGCAAAUAGUGAGGGUGAUGCUGUAAAAAACACCAAAUUGUCUCUUCCAAAACCUGGUGCGUCUAAAGCCGAAAACACAAAAGAAGAUGACAAACCUGCUGCUACUGCCCAAACUGAGAACAAGCUCACAGGUAGGAAAAUGGAGACAUUAACUGACCCUGAGGCUGCGCCUUCAGACAAGCCUUUCUCUGGUAACAUUACCUCAGUCCAGAGCACAGUGCCAGCUGCCAGUGAUUUAUCCAUGGCUACAGACAUCCAGACAGUUACUGAGGACAAGAACCCUUUUUUUAAGUUAAGACCCACAUCGCUAUCCUUAAGAUACAGGCAAGGCAUGAGCCCAGUCAUUGCCACUGUGAACAGACACAGCGCGGAAUUUAAACAGGAAAAAACAGGAUUUGUAGCAUUGUCCAAAGAUGAAAUACAUGAAGCUGGCCACGUAGACCUCACUGCCAGCUCUAAAACUGAGAUAAAAGAAGAUGGUGUUAAUGUUGCAGAGACUAAACCGCCACUACCCAAGAAACCUGUACUGCAAAAUAUUACAGUUGCAGAUAAUAACACAAAUAUAGAAAUGACAGAAAACGAGUCCAUUCAAGAGAAAAAGUCAAAAUCACCUGUGGUAAAAAGUGAAAGGAAAGUGUCAGAGAGAAGACCAAGUGUGCAAAAAAAUAUUGAUAAGACCCCUCCUGAUGUCUUGCCAACAGAGUCUGGUAAGGGAAGUGAGAGCAAAGUGCAUCAGCCUUCCUGGAUGUCCAUGGCAAGACAGAAACAGCUCAGCUUUAAGGAUGAACACCCCAUCUCUAAUCAAAGAACUGCAAACCAAGAGGCUGACAAACAGAACAAAGAGAGGACAGAGGUUCAUUUAAAGCAACAAGCUGACCAAAUCCAGAACAAAACUACAAACACAGCAGUUGCAGUUGUUCCCGAUGAAACAAAGAUUGAAACGAUAGAGCCAAGACAGCGAGCAAACACGUUACCGUAUCCUGUCCCUGGUACUCAGCUGUCCUUACUAACAGAGAAAGAAGAAAAAGUUACAGUCAAGCGCCCAACCCUUUCUGUGUCUGAGCAACCAUCUUGGAUGGAGCUGGCUAAGAAAAAAUCCCAGGCCUGGAAUGACAUGCCUCAGAUCAUCAAAUAGGAGAAGAAAGCACUCCUCUUUCUCGUUUAUAUACCCAAAGUUGACUAGCUGCCAGCAGACCUUGUAUAAGCACAACUACAACUGAUUAAGGAACCUCCAUUCGUUUUUAUCGAUCAGUGCUGUUACUUAAGGUGUAGAGAACAUGUUAAAUUAUAGAUCUAUGCAAUAUAGGAGCUUCUACUUGUACAUUGUUUUCUGAAGGUGUAUGUUUGGAAAGUAAAAUGGUUUUACCUUACCCAAAAUACUUUAUUUUUAAAGAUUUGACUUGUUUGUUUUUCCAUUAGAUCAUGUGUGGCUUUAGACUGUUUUUGUUACCGUGCAC